AUGAAACUGCCGCGGUCCGCCUGGACUUGGAGCGCAUUCCAGGUUGAUACGGCAUUGUUUAUGUACGGCGGUGUCUCGACUGUUGCCAUUCCCGUUGAGGCAAUCACCACACCAGCACCCAAGGUCAAAGAACCACGACCUCUACAACGAUCCAAGUCCAAGCGAAAAAGCCUGAAGAGGUCACUCUCCAAGAUCUUUUGA